AUGGCAUGUGGGCAGGGAAAUCUUCAGGGCCUCGCAUCUCCAUUUCCUUCUUCCAGGGUUGAGAAUAAUCUCUAUGUUGAAGGGUCCUGGUUCCAGGCCUGUGGUCAGACUAACAUCUCCUGCAAGAAUGUGAAAGGGAAGCUAGUAGAAGUAGGCAAGUGGCCAUGGCAGGUGAGCAUCCUGUUCCUGGGCGUGAACAUCUGCAGCGGCUCCCUUGUCCACCAUCAGUGGGUCCUUACAGCUGCACACUGCUUACAGAGAUCCAAGGACCCCAAAUCAUACUCUGUGAAGAUGGGAAUUCAACGCCUCUCAGAAAAUGGCACCGAACUCCCAGUCACUCGCAUCAUGAUUCAUGAAGGUUUCACCAACCUCAUGUCCCAAGAUAUUGCCCUCCUGAAGCUCAGGGACUCUGUCUCCUGGUCCCCCAUCAUCCAGCCUGUCUGUCUACCUAACCCCAAAUUCAAGCCAUCUCUUGGAUCCAUGUGCUGGAUGAUCGGGUGGGGACAAACAGAUAGUCAAGAGACCCCACAGCCCUCCUACAGUCUUCAGGAGGUGGCUGUCAAGAUCAUAAAGAAUGAGAUCUGCAAUCAACAGUACAAGUUCCUCUUCUUGAAGGGCCAGAAGAAGUUAAUCGGGAAUGACAUGAUUUGUGCCAGCUCACAAUGGGGCAAGGACACCUGUCAGGGUAGCUCUGGCAGUUCUCUUGUCUGCCAAGUGAACAACAGCUGGAUUCAGAUGGGGGUGAUGAGCUGGAGCUUUAGCUGCAGCCGGCGCCGCUUCCCAGGCAUCUACACCAGCACCUCCCACUUCACCGACUGGAUCAAGAAGCAGAUCAGUGACAUGAGGUUCAUCAGUAGGGCCGGGCUCACCUUCCUGAGCCCGGUCUUCAUCACUGGCUACAUUCUGCUGGUCUCCUUGGGCUCCCUGUGGCUCCUGUGA